UUUUGAAAACACUGACCGGAAGCAACUAUUGUGUCUAGUCUGACGCGACGCUGGAGCAGGCUGCCCUCUACACCACAUCUCCGCGGUUUGACCGAGAAAUAAUGAUCGCUGAGAAGCAGCACCAGCAGCAUCGGCGGCAGCGGCGACCGCAGCCCGAGCCCAUGCAGAGCGUUGCUCCCCUGCUCCCCUCUCCGUGAGCAUGACACCGCUCUGGCCUCCUCGUUCUAGCCGCACCGACUCUCGUUCACCGCUCGCAAGAUGUAUUUCAACCGGAGAGCCAAGAAGAUCCACAGCGAGGGAGGUAAGCAGCACGAAGAAACGUGUUAUUUAAUCUUUGCACGACCCGGGUUCCGCCCGCCGCUCUCUGCUGUCACACAUCACUGUGAAGUGAAUCCCACUAACGGGCCUGUCCUUUUUUUCUGCAUACAGCGGCCUGUGUAGAAAAUCGUGCGCUUUUGAUAUGUGCUUGGCAUAAUAACGGGGAACCGUUUUAUUCGGGACUGCGGCAUCCACACGGAGGGACAUGCCGGUGUUUAUCCUCCAGUCUCGCUCAUUUCUUGGCACCGGAGAGGAAUGCAAAGGGCAAGCAGACUGCAGGUGCCUGCUUCAGGUCUCAUUUAGAAUAGCCUGGCAUCAUUAUGGAGGAGCCAAGUGAAGGAAUUUCUGAUGACUUCAAUAGUAUUUAUCUUCCACGGGUUAAAUGUGUGACCUUAUCAAUAAAUAUUGACUGCCUUGUGUAAAUCUGACCUAUGGCCUUGUUAUGGUGUUAUAUAAUUAUGCUGUAACAGAUUUGUGUUCCUCCUGUGCUGCAUCAUAGUGUCCGCGAUGGAGUCUUAGAAAAAAAGACAAUGUAUUAACCUACUUUUGCUGUGAUUGAAAGCGAAAUAUUAGCAAUAUAAGGUGACAAAUUUACCCUCAGGCCUGCAGAUCGGUCCAAGAACAGCCUAUUACCUCGCCGACUUAAAUGCCACGUGACUCUCUAAAGCGCUCUCCUUAUCUCACCUUUAUCUCAACCUUAAGGGCAUCCACAUCCACAGCGUGUUCAGUUUUAAAGUGCUUCACACCCUUAUGUUGAAUAAAGGGAUGUUUCAGUCUGUUGCUCACGCGUGAAUCUGCCUCAUGCAACAGGAUGCAUUGAACCCCCGUUCAUGCAAGAACCUGCACUGUCUCAGUUUUUAGCAGGAAAAUGUCCUCAUCAGCUAACAAGCUGGCCAGAAGGUGAGGAUGCUGAAACAACCUGCUGCAUCAGAUGAUUUCACACAUGGCAAGCAGACGCUGGAUUGGAUUGUCCUGGAAAAGAAGAGCACGUGUUCGCCUCAUCCAGUGGCUUUUAAUAGUGACCGGCACAUAUUGUCAGGCUGCUCUGCUGUUGUGUGUGUGUGUGUGUGUGUGUGUGUGUGUGUAUCUGUGUGUGAGUGUGGCUGCAUGCCUCUUGCAGCUUCCAGAAAUAGAAAGCAGGGUAAAUUGUGAGCGCCAACUGGGCCAUACUAUCUUCAGGCCAGAAGUUCCACAUAUUUAUUUGUUGUUAAAAAAAAUGCAUUUCCACUUUUUACAAGCAGAAGGUCAAAUGGUUAAGAAAGUGACAUUGUUCCUGUUUUGUAGAUCCCUCCCACCCACUUAUUAUUUGCAUAUAUAAAUAUGUUUUAAACUGAAUAUCAGGUGGUCUCAUGAUGAAUUUGUUACCUUAUUUACACUGUGAUUUUCAGAUAUAAUCCUGCAGCUUUUUUGGUUUCGUGGGGUCUAAAAGUUACUUUAAAGCUUUUAUACUUUAAGCACAGGAUGGUAGUCUAGUCAACGUCUGCAUGUUUCCGCCUGGGUUCCUCACGGUGCUUUUACUGUAAUCUCUUGAAGCCUGACCGCUUGAUUCUUUGCUCCAAUUAGCGAGCUGCCACAUGCCUGGCAAUGACGUCUGCAGCUGCCAGUCUGUCACAUUUAUUUACACACAUUUGCAAAGAGAGUUAUAGUUUUAACUGUUUGUAUUUAAGAGGAGCCUUAGAAAUAUAAAGCAUGUGUGUAGUAGUGAGUGCUGAGUAAAAGCAUUCUGCUCCAUUUGAAUAUCAAAUCAAAUCAAAUCACUUUUAUUGUCACAUCACAUGUGCAGGUACAUUGGUACAGCACAUGUGAGUGAAAUUCUUGUGUGCGAGCUUCACAAGCAACAGAGUUGUGUAAAAUACAAUAAUGUAAACAAGCAAAAGUGUAAGGCCACAUUUUCUACUAGUGUUGAUGUGCUUUCUUAAUGUGAGUCAUGCAGCUCAGCCAACUGUCAACAAUACAUCUGUUUAGGGAAGAUAAUGACUGGUUGUCAUGGCUGCCAAGCUAUCUAAGAUACCAUUUAGGAGAUAACAGGGAGGCCCAGUAAGCUGCUGAAACAAGGCAUUUACAUGAAGUAGCCAGGAGGAGGCACUCCUGGGCAAGCUAUGAGGGGUUUGGUCAAAGUGAUUUCUGAGCAGCUGUUCAGGCUUGCAUCCAUCAUAUGCUGGCAUGAGUCUCAUCUCAGCUCACACACAAACAAAUCAUCUGGGUAGUCACUGACACGUGGAUGUGCUGUGUGAGGUACAGUCUGUGUGUACUGACUUGUUGUCUUGUUUGUGUGUGUGUGUGCUGUCCUCUCUCGCCGUGGCCUCUCUCUCUUGGCGUCCACAGAGCAGUUAGUGUUGACCACCAUUAGGCAGGAGUCUCCUGAGCUGCAGGACCCAGGCCAGGGCGCCGGUACUACCAUGCGUGCCCGCCUCGCAGACAGGUUUGACAAAAGUGAGUUUGCUCGAAUUAGACUGGAUGAUGCCCCCAUCUGUGUCCGGAGUCCCAAGGUGCAUGUACCAACAGCUAGGGGCAGGCGUGUCUCAACCCCCGGCCCUCAAGAGCUACAACAUUGAGUUACUCACAUUAGGAUCUCAGGGUCUUUGCAGAAAAGGUUAUGACACGUUAUCACUGUUGUGGACUGAUCAUCUGUAGCUCCUUGGGGCCUGGAGUGCGAUGAAUGCUGAACAGGACCCUCUCACUGCAUGUGCUUGUAGAUAUUGGUGGCAUACCUGUAGCAGUUCAUGCUGGUGAAGACAAAGCUAUAUGGGGUUUUUAAGCAAGUGCAUCUGCAUGCUGUAGAACUCAGCACAUGCACGCAUAGAUAUGGCAUGCCUGAACAGCAUGUACAAGAACACUGCUGCAUGCAUGUAGGUACGACUCUGGGUAUAGAGAGGGGCAUGGGAGUAGCUGCAUGUCGAUGGGUCUUUUUUUAUGUUUUAUGGCUUUAAAAGAUUUACUUUCACCUGUUUGUGUGUAUGUGUCCAUAAUGCAGUGUCAGUGUGUGUGUGUGCAUUUGCAUACAUUAGUUUAAGGUGUAUGAGCGUGUUGCAAUCGCACCUGUGGGAUUAUUAGGUUAUGGAUGAGCAGCAGGUGAAGUUGCAGAGCAGACACAGAGGGGAUUAUCACGCUUGCUCACUUGGGCCGUAAGAGGCUUGCUCACCUUACUUCCUACUCUGUCAGAGCGGCCAAUGGACCCACUGGGAAUGAUAGACGCCAGGUCUCCCGAGACCUGCAGAUAGGGCGUGCAGGUCACCUAAGAGAGCAACGACAGCCAUGGGACGCAGGGGUCGCCAAGGCAGACAGCGCUCUGUCGGUAAUGCUUUCCUGACAACACACAGCCAUUUUAUUCUUGACUGGAUGCAAUGCAUGUAGGCAAAGAUGUGGGGUUUUUUGGGUGUUUCUUUUUUCUGAACUUCAUUAAUGUUAAAUGGGGAGGGGGGAGUUGGUGUUUAGCUCAAGAACACUUUGACAGGCCUUCUUGUUGUAGAGGAUGACAAAUGGAGGUUUUGCUGUUAAGGGAUGAGCUAACACUUUCCUGCCAUUCUUUGAGGCAGGGAUACCAAACACAGAAAUAGAGUACUUUCAUUUGCAUUGUACAUUCAGAUAGUUGUUCAGAUAAUGAAAACAUAGAAUGAGCCAGAGGAUCUGUCCCAAGUGUGGCUUGUUUGGAGUGGAAGUUCUUCGCCAACCGAGGACAAUUGUAUUCUGCUAUAACUGCUGUUAAUUAGUAGCUAUUAUCUUUUUGGCUAAUUUCAUUUCUGAGCUGAGAAUUGUGUCUGCACCAGGCAUGAUUGGAUUAGAUGCCCAAGCAUCUCUGAAGCUACAUUCGUGCCAUUUCAAACUCUAUUCUGACAGGCAGUGAGGGACACUGCUUGACAGUGGAAAGCUGUGGGCGCAGCACCGGGGCGGAGUGUCUGGUGAAAUAUGCUCUGCCAUACUGGAAAAUGUUGAUGAAUUAUGCAGCUCCCAUCUAUGCAUUAUUUAUAGCCUGGCCAGCUUUUUAAACUGUGAAAUUUUGGCACGAGGCCAGAUCAGAUUGGAUUCAACACAAACCCACAACAAAUUAACACCGUGUAUUAAGAUAUUAUGAAGCUUAUGAUAAGUAAUAUGCUUUGUUUUCCCAUCUGAGGCCCUUUGCAAACGCUGAAACAUCACAUUUUGCCUGCUAGCUGUGCUAAACGUGUUUGGCUUAAUCGCCUUCUCAUGACACAUGUAUUCUCAGCAGAGAGGUGCGUAAAAGAUUAUCAAGCAUCGUUGCAUAAUGGAUGUACGUUUUCCUCGGAGCGUAUGAUUGCUCUGAGGAAAGGAGACGUGUUUUUGUUUAAGACUCACCAACAGAAUGGGUGGCUGGUAGCAUCCUGCAAGCAGAGUAAGAGAUCAGCGUGUUAAUUGAAUUGGGAUCAGUCUAGUCUUACCUGUUGUGGCUGCAGGUCAUCAGACCUGCGCUACCUGUGUGUCUGUCUUGGGCGCUUCACGUGUAAUUGACCUGGCUGCUCUCUGAAUGGGGUUUGCUGCUGAGUCAUCGCUGGCCUGUUCGGUAAUGAGUUACGGAGGUGGUGGCAUUUCUGCUCCAUCAGAGAUGAGUUACUGAGGCAUUAAUCUCCUCAGAAAUGAAUUAUAGCUCGAGUGGGUUGCUGAAAAAGCCAUUAUUGAUCUCGUUGGAAAGGUGUCUACAGGGGUUUUAAAAAGUGAAGUGGAAGGAUGAGGUUUGUUCAAUAAAAAUGUCUGCCCAUGUAGAAAUGACCAAAAAGAGGCUGAAAACAUCAGAGGUGCUCGAUGGCAUUAUAGUUGGCAUGCAUUGCCGUUUAUUACCUUUACCUUUGAAUGUUCCUUGAUCACUUCCUCGCAGCUCUUUACUAUCUCAGUUGACUUUGUUGCAGUUUGCACUGUGGAGAGCUGAGCUGUGAUUGGGUCUUAAAUCUCCGUGUGGUCCAGAGGUAAUAGCUAAUGGAGAUAUAGAGAUAAGAGGCUGUUCAUUUUCUGUGGGCUUGGUUAGACUUUGACCCUUCCUCUGUGUCAUGUGCGGACACGUCGCGGGCUUGUGUGGAGCGGUUGGAGUGCGCAAACUCUUGAAAUGUCGAGCAGUUUUGAGGUAAAAAGCAGAAAACACGAAAAACUCACAAAUAUAAUACCACGGAAAUACGUUGGGUUCACAUAACCCCCUGGUAAACUAUUAAAUAGGUGUAGCCGUUUCCUGUAAGCACACAUAACCUUAUGUCUCUUUCAGUGGAAAAAGUCUGAUGGGCCAGCAGAUUUGAUCACGUAAGCCUGGCUCGCUUACUUCUGGGUAAUUUUACAGUUUAUUGGCUACUUUAGAGCCGCAGGCUUGAGUGGAAUAUAAUAGUAUUAAACUGUUUGGUUAUUGAUGAGGGGAGAAGAUGACUCGUCUAUUGUUGGAGUUCGGUAGUGCUGCAGAAAUAGAGUUUCAGGACUGUGGAAAUUCAAUCUUGCAAUUAGCCUGCUGUUGUUUUCACUUACAGAUUCACUGACAGAGAGUACACAGAUCCCAACAAACUCAGAGCAUUGUGAUGCAUAUGAUUUCAUUAUGCGUUAUAUUUGCAACAGCUUUUAGGGAAUAGUAUUACAAUGACACAGCGCGUACAUUUGGCCUAUUAUACAUUGCAAUUUUGGACAUGCAGAAACACAAACGACUAUAUAAUCUAUACAACCUGCAAGAAGUGACUGUUGCUGCUGUUGCAGAGGCAUCACAGUGGAGGGAAGCAACACGAAGUGAUCUGAUGGAUAGCUCCAGCUUCACGGAUGUUAUUUGACCCAUCUGGUAAAGUGCCACUAGACCUUAAGGCGAUAUCAGGCUUCUGGCCCUUUAAAGACGAAACCCCGGCUUUGCCCCUCCGCAGCACUGAAGGAGCUCCAUAUGGCUUCCUCUACUUGUCUGAGCUGGUAACAGCGAGCGGCUCGAUACCACACCAGAGGGAGGAGAUCGUCCAAAAAAAGAGACGGAUAAAGGCUUCAAGAGGCGGCAGGUGGCCAGAUGACACGGCGGCGGAGCUUCUCGGGCCAGUAUCUUUCAGCACCGGGGCUGGGAGUUUCCUGCUCAGCAGAGCCAAAGGAGGGCAGAGGGAGGACGGGCGUGCUGCUGCAUCUGUCCUCGCCCAGGACCUGCUUGCUCGUCCGCCGGUUACCGCAAGGCAGAUGAUGAGAUGUCCGGGACCACUUCCCAUGCGGAUCCCGUAGACGCCUCGGCGCGGACGGUGCUUCUCAACCGGCCUCAGAAUACCAAGUUCUGCGACAACCAUGUCAGCACCACAAAGUAUGGGAUUCUCACCUUUCUGCCGCGCUUUCUGUACGAGCAGAUCCGACGUGCUGCCAAUGCCUUCUUCCUGUUCAUCGCACUCAUGCAGCAAAUCCCUGAUGUGUCACCGACCGGUCGCUACACCACGCUCGUCCCGCUUAUCUUCAUUCUCACAGUGGCCGGGAUCAAAGAGAUCAUAGAGGACUAUAAAAGGCAUAAAGCAGACAACACGGUCAACAAGAAGAAGACAACAGUGCUGCGGAGCGGAGCCUGGCAGACAUUUAUCUGGAAACAGGUGGCAGUAGGAGAUAUAGUGAAGGUGACUAAUGGCCAGCACCUCCCAGCUGACAUGGUUAUAGUGUCCUCCAGUGAACCACAGGCCAUGUGUUACAUUGAGACCUCUAACCUGGAUGGAGAAACCAACCUGAAGAUCAGACAGGGUCUCCCACUCACAGCUGGGCUUCAGACCCUGGAGGAUUUGAUGGCACUGUCUGGUCGUCUGGAGUGCGAAGGCCCCAACAGACACCUGUAUGACUUCACUGGCACUCUACGGCUGGAAAACCAGAAUCCAGUCCCUCUGGGUCCAGACCAGGUGCUGCUGCGUGGCGCCCAGCUCAGGAACACGCAGUGGGUUGUGGGAAUUGUUGUCUACACUGGCCACGACUCCAAACUGAUGCAGAACUCCACCAAGGCGCCACUGAAGCGCUCUAAUGUGGAGCGGGUGACCAACAUGCAGAUUCUGGUUCUGUUUGGCAUCCUGCUGGUCAUGGCACUGGUCAGCUCUGUGGGCGCAGCCAUCUGGAACAGAGAACACACAGACGAAGCCUGCUGGUACCUGUCCCGGGCCGGCGACAUCUCCCUGAACUUUGCAUAUAACCUACUGACGUUCAUCAUCCUGUACAAUAACCUGAUCCCCAUCAGCCUGCUGGUCACUCUGGAGGUGGUGAAGUUCACACAGGCUCUCUUUAUUAACUGGGAUGUGGAGAUGUACUACUCAGAAACGGACACGCCAGCCAUGGCGCGAACGUCUAAUCUUAAUGAGGAACUGGGCCAGGUCAAGUAUCUGUUUUCCGACAAGACCGGAACUCUGACCUGUAACAUCAUGCACUUUAAGAAGUGUACCAUAGCCGGGAUAACGUAUGGCCACUUCCCUGAUCUUGACUGUGAGCGUUCAAUGGACGACUUCAGUAAUCUGCCAUCCAGCAGCCACAACUCCACAGAGUUUGACGACCCAACUCUGAUUCAGAACAUCGAGAAGGACCAUCCUACAUCACCUCAGAUCUGCGAGUUCUUGACGAUGAUGGCGGUGUGCCACACGGUGGUUCCAGAGAGGGAGGACGACCAGAUCAUCUACCAGGCCUCGUCCCCUGACGAAGGAGCACUGGUCAAAGGAGCCAAAGGGCUGGGCUUUGUCUUCACUGCCAGGACCCCUGAUUCAGUCAUCAUUGAAGCUAUGGGGGAAGAGAAGAGCUAUGAGCUACUGAAUGUGCUGGAGUUUUCCAGUAACCGUAAACGGAUGUCUGUGGUGGUCAGGACACCCAAUGGGAAGCUCCGGCUGUACUGCAAAGGAGCGGAUAAUGUUAUUUUUGAACGUCUGACCGAAGCGUCUCAGUACAAAGACUUAACAGUUGCUCAUUUGGAACAGUUUGCUACUGAAGGCUUGAGGACACUGUGCUUUGCGUACGUGGACCUGGAGGAAGAAGCGUAUCAGGAGUGGUUAAAGGAAUAUAAUCGUGUCAGCACCAUAAUCAAAGACCGCGCUCAGAAGCUUGAGGAGUGUUAUGAGCUGCUGGAAAAGAACUUAAUGCUGUUGGGUGCCACAGCCAUCGAGGACCGUCUCCAGGCUGGCGUGCCAGAAACAAUUGCCACUCUGAUGAGGGCUGAUAUCAAGAUCUGGGUCCUCACUGGAGACAAGCAGGAGACUGCCAUCAAUAUAGGUUACUCCUGUCGCCUGGUGACACACGGCAUGUCCCUCAUCAUCGUCAACGAGGACUCGCUGGACGCUACUCGUGACACGCUGACAGCUCACUGCUCCUCCCUCGGCGAGUCUCUGAAGAAGGAAAACGAGCUGGCGUUGAUCAUCGAUGGCCAGACAUUGAAAUACGCCCUGUCCUUUGAGCUCCGCCAGGCCUUCCUUGAUUUGGCAUUGUCCUGCAAAGCCGUCAUCUGCUGCCGGGUGUCUCCGCUGCAGAAGUCUGAGAUCGUGGAUAUGGUGAAGAAACACGUGAAAGCCAUCACGCUGGCGAUCGGCGACGGUGCGAACGACGUGGGGAUGAUUCAGACGGCUCACGUUGGAGUGGGGAUCAGCGGCAACGAGGGCAUGCAGGCCACCAACUCCUCCGACUACUCCAUCGCACAGUUCUCCUACUUGGAGAAGCUUCUGCUGGUCCACGGGGCGUGGAGCUAUAACCGCGUCACAAAGUGCAUCCUCUACUGUUUCUACAAGAAUGUGGUCCUCUACAUAAUAGAGCUCUGGUUUGCCUUUGUGAACGGGUUCUCUGGCCAGAUCCUCUUUGAACGCUGGUGCAUAGGCCUCUACAACGUGAUAUUUACCGCUCUGCCUCCGUUCACUCUGGGGAUAUUUGACCGGCCGUGCAGCCAGCAGAACAUGCUCCGCUUCCCGCAGCUCUACCGAAUAACCCAGAAUGCCGAGGGCUUCAACACCAAAGUGUUCUGGGGACACUGCAUCAAUGCACUGAUUCAUUCAAUUAUUCUCUUUUGGUUUCCACUCAAAAUGUUAGAGCACGACUCUCCCUUCAGUAACGGUCAGGGAAACGACUACCUGUUUGCAGGAAACAUGGUCUACACAUAUGUGGUCGUUACAGUGUGUCUGAAAGCUGGAAUGGAGACCACAGCUUGGACCAGGUUCUCCCACCUGGCGGUAUGGGGAAGCAUGGUGCUCUGGAUCGUCUUCUUCGGUGUCUACUCCGCCAUCUGGCCCACCAUCCCUAUUGCUCCUGACAUGCUGGGCCAGGCUGGCAAGGUGAUGCAGUGCUGGCACUUCUGGCUGGGCCUGGUCUUGGUGCCUGCUGCGUGUUUACUCAAAGACUUCGCUUGGACGGCCGCACGCCGCUCUGUGAGGAAGUCUCUUCUUGAGGAGGUGCAGGAGCUGGAGGCGCGGUCCGUUGACCCAGGCGCAGCUGUCCUUAGAGAUGCCAGCAGCCGCAGUCUAAACGAACGGGCCCAUCUGCUGACAAGAGUCUUUAGGAAAACACCUUCAAGUGUAGGACGCUCAAACUCUGUGCAGCAGACUGUGUCACAUGGCUAUGCCUUCUCUCAGGAGGAGCAUGGUGUGGUGUCUCAAUCCCAGGUAGUGCGCUCUUAUGACACCACCCGCCAGCGCCCCAGCCUCUAGCCCCAUCCCGGAUCAAAGCUUUGGCUCACUGAAGCAAGAAUUUGUCAAGGUGACAGCGGAGAUAGACUUAAGUGACACCCUCACGCCGGGUGACCGACCCCUGCUGUGGCCUUACUGGACAGUGACCUGACCCCUUGCCGGGGACGGAAGUCAUGGUCAGGCAUGGAGGCCGUCGCUGGCGCUUGGAGGACUGACUCGGGAGAAGGGACCAGGCCGGAUAUACGGACUAACCAUUGUUAUAACUCACAAAGGCUGCACAGGCAUGAGCAAUCAUAUCCAUGCACAGACGUGACAAGUCAAACUCAGAGACUGCUACUCAUAUCUGUAUAUCCCUCAGACUGAGUUUGCUUUAUGCCUACGUGUGUGCACGCAAGCGCGUGUGUGUGUGUGUGUGUGCGCGUUCCAGUGCGUCUCUAUCUGCCUGUGCAUGUGUGUCUGCACGCAUUGGCGCUCCCGUGUUCGUGUGCAUGCGUGUGUCGAUCCAUGUGCAUUCGCAUCCACGGUUCCCUCUCAUUUCCCGUCUGUCAUCACGCGCCGAUGUGGAAGGGGACGUCAAAAUAGUCGCACUCGCUCGCUCGCUCACACGCAUACAGGCGCAAAGAAUUCCUUAAAAUUAGAGGGUGGGAAGCAUAUACCGAGGACCCGCCAGAGCCCUGCACCCCCAGCUACAGGCCCCCUCUCUCUCUCUCGUAACAUCUCAGCAUCGAGCCUCACUGCCAAACACCAUAGAGAUGCCACUGAGGCAGAACGCUCACCAAACCGGACCACAACCCUGCCACAGCCCCUCCUACCCCACUGAGACCUCCUCUUGCUUUAGCUCUCCCUUCAUUCCUUCCUUAUCUCUCCAUCUCAUAGCCGCUUUGCAGCCUCCGUGUCCCUCUCCUCCUUUUCACAAGUUUAAAGAAAUCCAUUUUGUUUUAUUUUCUGACCUCUCCCGUGACUCCAGACGCCGCCCGUCUACCACCGUCAGCUGACGUGGAAGCAGCAUGACUGGCAUUAGCGCUUCCUCUUUUAUUUCUGUUGCAUUUCCACUCUUUACUGGACUGUUUCUUUCUCUCUGUCUCUCUCUCUUUUUUAAAUUAAAGCAAACAUCAAUGUGUAUUUGUUUCUAUUUUUUUUCUCUUUUCAUUAAUGCCUGUUUCUUUUGUACUCAUAUGUGAAAACAUGUCUUAGCGGGAGUAUUUUACUUGAAGUUGCCCUAAAAGGCACCCAACCAGAAGGGAUUUGAUUGAGACGCUCGCAUGGAUCAUGUGUUGUUGUUUUUUGUUUUUUUUUUCUAGCUUUGGGGUUUGUCUGAAUGUAGAGUCCAUUGUCUGUGAGCUCUGUGUUGAGGACACUCUGGUUCAGGAAUGCAAAACUGAAAGGGGAUGGGCGAGAGGGGUUGUCCUAAUCAUUAAAUCUAAUCAAUCCA